AUGAAUAAUUUAUAUUGUCAGAAGAAAAAAAGAAUUCAUGAAGUAACUUAUGCAUAAAAAGUAAUCAACUCUGUUAAGCCAGACAUUGAAAAUAUUAAACUUAAUGAAAACUUAUUUCAAGCUCAAUAAAUGGCUAGACAUUCAUCAACAUUAAUUAAAGAUAUUUAGAAGGAUGUGAGAUUGACACUAAAGAAAUAUGAUUCAUACGUUAGAAUGAGUGAAUCCAACAGAAGAAUGACUGAUAAACAGGUUAGUGAACCUACUAGGAGGUAUUAGAGUGAGAGUCCCCCCAAAUAACAAGAAUCAACCGAUAAAGAACUUGAGACUUUAAGAUAAUAACAAAGAAUUCUAAUGACUCUCCUUAACAAUUUACAACAGUAAGAAAAACUAAUAAUUUCUUAAUCCUUAAUACCUGAACUACAGUCUAAAUCCGUUAUCGAUAAAGAGUGGUUUGAAUAGAAAACUAAAUAAUUAUAGUAGAUCUAAAAAACAUAAACUUAAAUUGAAAAUUCAUCAUCCAAGAGAUUGGAGAAGAGUGAUGUUAUAUAAAUUGAUCUAAGCAAAGUUAAAAGAUCGCCUAAUAGUAAAUCUAGUUCUGCUUAACUUUUUUUUAGUCCAAAUAAAAAUCCUAUUAAGAAUUCUGUUACCUAUUUUUAAAAUUCCAAUUCCAGCUAUGCCAAUUUGCAUAGGAAACAAUCUAAUUCUCCUUAAAAAUGGGGUUAAUAUGGAGUCAUUAACUAAUAAAAGUCUUAGACAAAUUUGAUUGUAAGCAAAAGGAAUUAACAAUGGAAACAAAGGGUUGACAAUAAAAUAAGGAAUGAAGUAAUGAAAAAGUAAGAGAGAGAAAUAAAAGCAUGCACAUUUAAACCUAAAAUCUUAUCCAAAACACCAAAAAGUAAUAUCAACAGUAAAGAGACUUCAACAGAUUUCAAUGAACUAAUGUUCCUAAUUGACGAUAUCAAUGAGUUUAAUGAUAAAUAUAAGAGAUUAACUAUUAAAAAAUGA